GCAGCCACCCUAACCUGUUCUGCUCCUCUGAAGUCUUUUCCCAGAGUCCCUCCGGUGGCUGAUGGCCACGCAGCAGUUCCAGGCGUCCAAGGAGCUGAUCCUCCAGUUCACCCACAAGAACAGGAUGGCCACAGAGAGCGACAUCAAAGGCGUGGUGCCCGAGCUGGAAAAGGAGAUCGCCAGGAGACCGAAGAAAGUCUGCAUUGUGAAAGUGGUGGGAACCAGGAACCUGUGGAAGAACAUCGUGGUGCUGUGUGUGAACUCGCUGACGGGUUACGGCAUCCACCACUGCUUUGCCAAGAGCAUGAUGGGGCACGAGGCCAAGAUGAGCAUCACCCACAACUUCUACGCCGACUACUACACCAUGGCGGGCAUCGCGCUGGCCUCCUGCCUGGCCAUGUGCCCCGUGGUGGGCUUCCUGGGCAGGAGAGGAGGGCUCCUGCUCUUCAUGAUCCUGACAGCCCUGGCGUCCCUCCUGCAGCUGGGCCUCCUCAACUUGAUUGGAAAAUACAGUCAACUUCCAGACUCAGGUAUGAGUGACAGCGUCAAAGACAAGUUCUCCACCGCCUUCUCCAUCGUGGGAAUGUUCUCUUCACAUGCUGUUGGAAGCCUCAGCGUGUUCUUCUGUGCUGAAAUCACACCCACAGUCAUCAGGGGAGGGGGGCUGGGGCUGGUGCUGGCCAGCGCGGGCUUCGGCCGCCUGACCGCCCCCAUCAUGGAGCUGCACAACCAGAAAGGCUACUUCCUGCACCACGUCAUCUUCGCCUGCUGCACCCUCAUCUGCAUCAUCUGCAUCCUGCUGCUGCCCGAGAGCAAGAACCAGCACCUGCCCGAGACCAUCCCCGACGGGGAGCACUACACCCGGCAGCCCCUGCUGCCCCACAGGAGGGGGGAGCAGCCCCUGCUCCUCACGAACUCCGAGCUCAAGGACUACUCUGGGCUCCACGACUCGGCCGCCGUGGGCGAGGGCACCCCGGAGAGCACGGCUGCCAACGGGGUGAAGCCCAUGUGA